AUGUCAGAUGGCUCACGUUUGAGGCAGUCGUGGUAUUCAGCACUGAAUGAUGCGGAGGCGCAGUUUCGCCAGCUACUGACAUCUCCUCCAACCGAAUGGAAGCGACUUACGCAUUCCACAGAUUCAUCUCCCGCGAAACAAAAGGGAAAGGCGAGGGCAACAUCUAUUCCCGAGCUUGGAGAUGUUGUGGUGCAUCGAAACUCAACGAAGUCUGGGGAGGAUGUCUAUAGGAUGGUGCUGGAUGUUCCCACUGGCGAGGAGCAUGUAUCCCUAGAACCUUGGAAGGCUGUUCUCACGACACCGGAACUUAGGCAGGAAUGGGACCCAGCUGUGGAAGAGGCUCACUUGAUAGAGCUAUUCGACCGCAGCACUCGAAUAUCCAAGACAAACUAUACUCUCGGUUGGCCUGCGAACCCACGCGACUCUGUGACAAUCUCCCGCGCUUUCUAUGACGCCACUACUCUAAUUGAUAUAUCCACAUCCCUUCCACGAUCCCCAGAUGAGCCCGCCUACCUCCGCCCAUCCCCUCCUUAUGUUAGAUCCAAUGUCCAACUAUUCUCCUGGUGUAUACAACAUAUCCAACCUAUACCUCCCACCUCUCCAAACGAUAAGAAAUCAGGUUCACCAGGAAGAAUACGAUUGACGUGUUUUUGGCAACAUGAUCUCAAAGCUCUCUGGGGUUUUGGUACAUCAACGGCGGCGCUGACUCAACAGUUGGCAACGAUGACUCUCAGUCUGUUGAAGACUGUGAUGAAACGUGGAGGCCGCGUUCCCAAUCUAGUAGGAUACGGGAAUGGUGUUUCGGUCGAACGUGUGCGGUAUCAAAACGACCGAGAAGCUCUGACGAUUGACUAUGCCAUCAUUCCCGACGACGAGGAGCAUCAUGAACUUGGUCUGCAAGGAAUGGACGAAGUGCAUGCAUUACGAGAGCAUCGCAGAUUGACGAGGUCCAUUGAGUGUGUACUCCCUUCGUUGGCAGGAUGGGAUGUCCAGGUGACAAUGAAAGGUUCCUCGGAAGAAGUGGAACGGCUGCCAUGGUCGGCUCAUGCGACGCGCAGCAGCUCCAACCCACUCACAUCUUCAACGCCAGAUCAAGUCAUCCUACGCCUCACACAUGGAGCCUUGACAGAUGAUGAUGCCGUCCUCAAAGUGAAAGUUGUUAUCGAAGUCUCAGGAGGAACACGUGGGUUGAGAUUGAACGGUCUGGCGACAAAAAUACAUGACCUCGAGGAGCGUGAUCCAACAUCGUAUACCAUACCCCAGAAGAUGCUCCAGGACGUCGCCAGCGCAGUUGAUCUCAGUAUACAGACAUCAUCAUCAUUUGGAACCGUCAGCAGCGGCGCAUCGUCGUCAAAUGGGCAACCCAUGCGGCCCCACCCCGAACGCACACCAGCUGCUGAGAAAUCAAUACUGUCUAAAGUUAGGAGAAAUUACAUCUAUUUCUCAUCUUUGUUGCAGGAACCCGAGGCUAAAUGGAAACGCACUACUGAGGCUAGAGGUGUUUCGAUUACCCAGUUGGAUUCCAUUGAUCCUACAUUGGUUGUGUAUCGAGCCGAGGCGACAUUUGUUGGUGUGGGUUUAUGGGAUCUUUAUGGCGCUGUUGUUUCACCUGGAGCACGAAUAUACUGGGACAAGCAACACGAAGAUGGCAGAUUGCUAGAAGACGUUAAUGAGCUCACAGAACUCUGGCAUUUCAAGACAAAGCCAGCAUGGCCCGUGAAUGGACGAGACGCAGUCGUUCUUAAGACGGUUUACAAAUCUCCUUCCACCAUCCACGUCUUUUCAUUCUCAGCCGACGACCCGCAGCUCUUCCCGCACAUCCCGCCCGUUGAACCAAAUGUCAUCCGCACCCAAGUGGACCUUCAGGGUUGGGCUAUUGAAGCGCUGUCACCCACAACCACCCUUCUCACCCUGCUUGAGCAGUCCGACCCGAAAGGGUGGACAAACAAAACCUCAAUACCCACGCAGAUGAUCAACACACUCGCAGGCAUAGGCGAAUUUGCAAUCAAGUGCGGCGGACCGCCGUUUGUGACUCGCCUCGCAGGGUCGAAGGCCAAUGAGAUCCGGUAUGACCACGAGCGGGGCAUGUUCAAGGUGGAAUACGAGCCUUCUGCCAGCAGAAGGUCCACGAGCUCUGCAGCAGCUGCUCCGCAGAAUGGCACAAGUGGACAAGACGAGGGCGGGUUUCCGGCGAUCGAGUGCGAGAUUCGAUGCGAUAUUGACACUUGGGGUGCCUCGCUUGAUAUUGUGGUCGACCCCCCUCCUCAGAAUAUUACGUGUCUUCGACGGCAUCGGUUAAGCGCGGAAGGAGGUGGCCUGUGGCUGACGCUGACGCAUGAUUCCAUAUUUGUGGACGAUGAGAGGCUGUUGGCGCUUGUGCGGAGAGCGCCAGGGAAGGAGAAGGGCCUGGUGAUGGUGAAUGGCAGCAGGAUCCAGGUUGACGUGGAAGAGCUGCCGGAGCACGAGAUCAAGUCACUGACGAGACAGAAACGCGUCAAGCCGCCACGGAUACCGUUAGAUCAGCCACCGGUGAUGAGCGUGGUCAGGAGGCGAAAGGCAGAGUGGACUGGCGCGGAGACUGAGACGAAAGCGGAGGAGAACACUGCGUCGACGAGCUCAUGGGCGUCUGCGCCGAAAAUCUCGAGUCCGCUUGCAAGGUUCUUCACGUACUACGUCGACCAGGCGACAGCCACGACGCAGCAAGCCGUCGCGGCCAUCUCGCCGGCGAACGCUGCUGGCGGCCCGUCAACGCUCGAUCCUGCAAAGCCGCCUAUGCAGUACGCUCUCGAAGCCUUGGCGUGGACGCAGCAGUUCCACUCGCAGCCGCAGCUGCCGGACGGAUGGACGCUCGUGAGCGACAAGGGCAUGAUCGUGCAGAAGAAGCUGAUGCCCGAGAUCUCGCCCUUCAUCCCCGUGCACAAAGGGUUCAAGGUCAUCGAGGGUGUGUCGGCCGAAGAGCUCGCGGCGGUUAUCACUGAGCUGGACAGCAGGAAGGCGUGGGACGAGCGGCACGACUCGGCGCGCGUGCUCGAGUCGUACGGCGCGAACGCGCGCACUGCGUUCGUCGUUGCGAAGGGCUGGUUCCCGUUCCGCGAUCGCGGGUUCUACCUCGCAAGUGUGAUGGCGCGCGAGCACGGCGCGUCGUACACGUCCUUGUCCGCGUCUUCGUCUUCUUCGUCUUCGUCUGCAUCGUCCGCGUCCGCGUCCGCUCCGGGUGUACGACGCACCGCGUCAGCGGACGUCGCGGACCAGUCGCCCAGCACAGCGCGCAACGCGAUCUUCUGCGUCUCCGCCUCAUACAGCCCCGAACGCAUCUCCUCCUCCUCCUCCUCCUUCUCCACGGCAAAAUACAACCCCCACACACUCCCCCUCGGACGCGCAUACAUCGACGCAUGGGUGCUCGAGACGCUCGAUCCAUACACAAGGGAGAAAUACGCGAUCCCGUCCGCGCGGUGCACGCGGCUUGUCGCGGUGGACUUUGCGGGGUCGGUUCCGGCUGCGGUGAAUGCGAUGAUCAAUGCGGCGAUGGCGCGCGGGGUGGGGGCGCUUGAGGCGUAUGUGAGGAGGGAUGCGGCGCGCGCGAGUGUGCCGGUUAUGAGGGUGCCGGCGUCCGGCGUGGUGGUGAGUGAUAGGCAUGGUGUUGGUGUUGGUGGGGCAAGCGCGUCGGAGACGGCUGGGGGUGGGGAGGAUGCGGGGGGCGUUGGUACCAGUAUAUCCUCGGGUGGAGGAGGAGGGUGGAAGCUGCGGAGGCGCGAUGAGAACCGGGUACUGAUCGAGGCGCGUUUCGACGCGGAGAAGAGGGUGUAUAUGAGUAGCGUGUUGGUGGUUUUCCCACCGCCUCGGCAGGCGCGCGGUGGGUCUGCACGCCCGAAUGCGAGGAGAGAGGCGUCGAAUUCGACGGUUGUUGGUGUUGGUGGUGUGGGUGUUUCUGCGCGUGAUGGUGAUGAUGCUGAUAGUGGUGGUGAUGCGCAUACACAUGGACAUGGACAGGGACGACAUAUCACACCCCGUCCUAGCCGACUCGCGCUCAAUGAUAAAAGCAGUCUCAGUCUCAGUCUCAAGCGGUCUCAACAGUCUUUGUCCGCUACCGCUCAUCACGAUGAUGAUGAUGAUGAUGAUGCGAGAGCGGGCCAGGUUAUGCCUGGCUCGAUGGUCGUUACACCCGCCCCAGCCCCCGCGCCUGCGCCUGCUAUAGGUGGGGGUACAGGUGCAGGUGCAGAUGCGACGCCAUUCCCAUCUGCUUCCUCUUCUCCCCCUACUUCUUCCUCGGCAUCGGCAAGAGCAAGAGCGCUCUCGCCAUCCCCAGCACGAAAUAUGCAGGUGCAGGUGCAUGUGCGUGCGCAUACGACGUCUUCGUCGUCUUCUUCUGCUGUCGGUUCUUCUUCUGGUACGGGGUCGGGGUCGGGCUUACAGGCGGGGUUACAGGCGGGCUUACACGCGCGAUCGCUUGGAAGGCAGAGCGUGUUUGAUAUGGAUAGAGAUAGAGAGAGUGCGCGGUCGCGGUAUAAUACGCACAGCAACAUCGACGCGGUGUCGCCCCCAAUAGCGUCACCCCCGCGGACGAUGACGAUGACGAUGACGACGCCGGUGCGGAUGAGACAGCGCGCGGCGUCGUCUGGGGCGGGUGUGAGUGUGAGUUAUCGGAAUGUGCAUGCUGGGGUUGGGGUGGGUGGUGGUUUUGGAUCUGGGUUUGGUGCUGGAUCUGGUGCUGGUGGGUUGGGUGCGUCGUCGUCGGCGUCGUCGUCGGCGUAUGCGCUUUCGAAUUCGAAUUCGAAUUGGGCGGGUGGUGGAGCGCAGCAGCAGCAGCAGCAGCAGCAGAGGGGACGGACGAUUAGUUCGGGUGCUGGUGCUGGUGUGUCUUUGGGUGUGGGGAAAGGGAAGAGUAAGGAGAGGGAAACGUUUGUGGAUUUGGAUGCGGAUGUGGCCAGGAUGAAGAUGAAGGAGAGCAAUGGUAUCAGCAAGGCCGGCGAGAAAGAGAAGGUCAGCGACAAGGACAAGGCCGGCGAGAAAGAGAAAGAGAACUAUAAGGAAACGGAGAAGGAGAGCAAGAGCAGGAAAAGGAAGAGCAAGAAGAGGAGGAUGGUUGUAUUGGAAGUUGUACUGGACUCGAGGAUGGUGGGUAGAAAUGGGUUUAGAUGUUUUGUUGGUGCGCGCCGCAGGGGGGUUGGUGCUGCUGUUGGUGGGGGUGGGGGUGGUGGAGGUGGGAAGGCGGUUGCGUUGGGUGUUGGACCUCUUACUCUUCCUGGGCAGAAUUCGAGUGCGAAUGCGAAUGCGAACGCCUCUUCAGGUUCGAACGCAGAUCAAACCCUCGGAACACUCGCAACCACAAACCAAUCCCUCGCAACCACAAACCAAUCCCUCGCAACCACAAACCAACUCCAAAGCCAAAGCCAAACCCAAAUCAACGUCCCGUUUGUAACGACGGUGUAUACACUCCCACCUGCACCCCUCCAUUCGUCGAGUUUGGUAGAUGGUGGUGGUGCGGGUGCGGGUGCGGGUGGGGGAGAGAGGGCGGUUAGGUUUUUGGUGAGGGUUGAGGUUGAGGUUGAUGUUGAUGAGGGUGGUGAAGAGGGUGGUUUGUUGGGUGUUGAGGGUGAGGAGAGGAGUAGGAGUGAGAAGGAGAAUGGGAAGGAGAGUAGGAGUAGGAGUAGAGAGAGGGAUGACCCGUUGAUGGGUAGUGGUGUGAGAGGACGGAAGGAGGGUAAGGUUGUGCGUGGAGGAGAGUCUCGCGCGGACAGGAAGGACGAUGAGAAGGAAAUGCCACAUGAAGAAGAACAGGAGGAGGAGGAUGGAGAACACCAACGAGAACACCGAGGAGAACACCAAGGAGGAGAGGGAAGAGAGGGAAGAGAGGGGGGAAGAGGAGAUAUGAGACCUCUUUGGCUUCGCGCUUUGCGAUCUGAAGGACUUGUGGUUGAUUUUAUCGUUGAGGGCUCUUCGUCUCCCUCUGUUGCUGCUGCUGCGAGCACGAGUGGUAAAACCACUAGUAGUAGGGCGCACAAGCACGCAAAGGAGAAAGAGAAAGAGAAGGAGAAGGUGUGGGUGAAUGGUGUACCGCAGAGCGUGUUUGGUGAGAAGGAGAGUUUGGGUAUGAUUGUGAGGGAUGAGGUUGGGGUUGGGGGUAUUGGAGGGUUUGGAGGGUUCGGAGAGGAUGUGCUUGUUAGGAUCCCAAACGAGUACGAGGCGAUGUUACCCGAAGAGCUGCGCGUGCCUGUGGGCAUUGCGCGGGAUUUGCUCGUUAGUCCUACACAACCUGCGCCGCCUUUGAUCGCUGGUCAGUCGUCGUCCUCGUCGGCGGAGUUGUUGGCGAAUGUGUUGGCGACGAGUGGGAGUGGGAGUGGUGGUGGCGUUGAGGGAGGGGUGUUGGGAGAGGAGAGAGGGAAAGCGGGUGGAAAGGACUCGGAGGUUGGGAAGGGGAAAGGCGGGGAUGAGACAAAGUCAGAGCUCGGGCAAGGGCGCGCUGGAGAGGUGUCGGCGGUGCAGCAGGCGAGUGGUGGUGGAGAUGGGAGUGUGCUGGGCACGGGUGGGUUCUUGGGGUUCUGGAAUCCGCUUGUUAUGCGGUUUGGAGUGUCGGCGGGGAUGGGGCGGGUGCCGGUGCUUCCUGGGACGGAUGUGAAGAUGCCGGUGGUGCCUGAAGCCGCGGGUGAGGAGAAGAAGAAAGAGGAGGAGGAGGGGAAGAAGAAGAAGGAGAUGGAGACGCUGGAAGGCGGUAGUGCAGCGACAAAUGCAGAGGUAGAGACCAACGCGGGUGGGUCGGCGACUGCGUUGGCGACGAUGGGAGGUGCCGGUGAAGAGCAGAGGAGUAGUAGGGUGUAUACGCUGUCUACGCUGGUGUUUGUGGGUCUGAUUGCGUUCUUGAUGGGAUCGCUGUUGCGCUCGCUGCUGUCGCCGGCGGAUUUUAUCUAUGUGGUGACGGACCUAGGGGCGGCGGAGGAGGCUGCUGUGGGCACGGAGGGGGAGGGGGGGCUUGUGGGGUGGCGGGAGAUCAGGCGGUUGCUGGAGAUCAAGUAUUUGGUGGGAGGAUGGGAUUUCCAGGUAGCUGUAGUUAGGAGGCAUUGA